AUGAGCCCUAAAUGCAGUGUGUUGGGGGCAGAUGAUGGUCUGAGCUUAAGGGACAGGGAGCAAGUCUCUGCGGAAGAAACUCUGCGCGAAUGUGACUCGCAGGAGCUGAGUAAAGACAUUUUGGUUCCAAACGGGAAGACCGUCUACAAGUGCACAGAAUGUGGGAAAGAGUUUAAUAAGAACUGUUUGCUGGUUCGUCACCAGCGUAUUCACACUGGGGUGAAGCCGUACCAGUGCCAGGAGUGUGGGAAGGCCUUUCGGGAGAAGGUGGACUUCGUUAGACACGUGAGGAUUCACACUGGGGAGCGGCCCUAUAAGUGCAUGGAGUGUGGGAAGGCCUUCAGCCGAAGGUCACACCUCAUGUACCAUCAGCGGAUUCACACUGGACAGAAGCCCUAUGAGUGCGCUGAGUGUGGAAAGACCUUCAACUAUCACUCUGUUUUUGUCCAGCAUCAUAAGACCCACACUGGAGAAAAACCCUAUGGGUGCAAAGAAUGUGGGAAAGCCUUUCACUAUAACUCUUCCUUAACCAGACACAUGAGGAUUCACACUGGAGAGAAGCCCUACAAGUGCAGUGAAUGUGAGAAGACGUUCACCUACCACUCCGUUUUUUUCCGCCAUAGUGUGACCCACACGGCUGGAAAGCCUUAUGAAUGUAAAGAAUGUGGGAAAUGUUUUUCCUACAGCUAUUCCCUCACUCGGCACGCCAGGAGUCACACUGGAGAGAAACCUUUCGAGUGCGUUGAGUGUAGAAAGGCCUUUGCCCACCACUCCGCUUUUGUCCGCCAUAAAAAGAUCCAUGCGAAAGGAAAAGACCUUUGA